CGCCACCGUAUAAGGGGCCUCAAGAGGAAAAAGCCACAAUGGAAGCUGAGAACCGCAACGAUGGUGGCUCAAGAGAAGAGCAAGAAAUUGAAACUGAGAAAAGCUCUUGCAAAUUGUUUUUAAGUUAAUAUCAAGGACAUAAAUCAAUUGGAAAAGGCGCGAGAAGGCAGUUAAUGACCGUUGAAAGACAAGGAAACGGUUGGUAGUUGGGAUAUGACAUUUUCUUGAAACGUUGUUAGCGAGCCUUGAUCAAGUGAUUUCAUCGUCACCUUAAGAAGUCUAAACCACUAAAAUCAACUCAUCGAGAACCAAUCAUAUCCGCCCAUUAACACGACAACUUUGACAGCAAAUUGACGAAAAACUCCUCUUAACGACGUUUAAAAAAAAAGACCCCAGCCAGAAACGAAAACGUUCUAAUCGAGUUCCCAGACGCAGAAAGUGAAAUGAAAUGACGUCAACGGCAUCAUCACUAGCUAGCUCCAAGAAUCUAAGUCAUUCCGCAAUCUCACGCUCCCUUCUGCAGCACUCAUCAAAACCCAUUUCUCAAAGAACCUUAGUAAUUCCAACUAUUCCCAGAAACACCAAAAAUCUCUACAUUCAACGUUACCAAAAGCUCCAAAUCAGGCCCAACUCAACAUCCAUAACCGCAUCAUCUUUCAAGCCUGAACUAGCCACGGCACCUCCUCCCCUCCCUCUUCCCACCCCUCCUGUCACAAAGUUCAAGAUUGGGCUUUGCCAGUUGUCGGUAAGACCUGAUAAAGAGAGGAACAUAGGGCAUGCUCGGAAGGCCAUCGAGGAGGCUGCUCAAAAGGGUGCCCAGCUUGUUCUCUUGCCUGAAAUAUGGAACAGCCCAUAUUCGAAUGAAAGCUUCCCAGUUAAUGCUGAAGAUAUUGAUGCAGGUGGUGAUGUGUCUCCUUCAACAGCUAUGCUGUCUGAAGUUUCUAGUCGCCUGAAGAUCACAAUAGUCGUUGGCUCUAUACCUGAACGCUGUGGGGAUAAGUUGUAUAAUACUUGUUGUGUCUUUGGUACUGAUGGAAAGCUGAAAGCCAAGCAUCGCAAGAUUCACCUUUUUGAUAUUGAUAUUCCUGGGGAGAUUACCUUUAUGGAAUCCAAGACCCUUACUGCAGGGGAUACUCCUACCAUCGUGGACACAGUUCUUGCAGACGUUGGGCGUAUUGGUAUAGGCAUCUGUCAUGACAUUCGCUUUCUGGAAUUAGCAAUGAUAUAUGCUGCAAGAGGUGCUCACUUGCUAUGCUAUCCUGGAGCAUUUAACAUGACAACUGGACAAUUACAUUGGGAGCUGCUGCAGAGAAUAAGGGCUGCAGAUAAUCAGUUAUAUGUUGCAACUUGUUCACCUGCUCGAGAUGCUGGAGCCUGUUACGUUGCUUGGGGUCACUCAACACUUGUAGGACCUUUUGGAGAAGUUCUGGCUACCACUGACCAUAAUGAGGACAUAAUUAUAUCAGAGAUUGAUUAUUCAAUACUUAAGCAACGAAGGGCAAGUCUCCCCUUAACAAAGCAACGGCGAGGUGAUCUUUACCAGUUGGUAGACAUUCAGAGGCUCAACUCUCAUUGAUUAGAGGAGAAGCUUAUGAGAGAGCUGGGAUUCAUGGUUAGAAUUUUCAUUGAUAAAGGUGGAACUUUGUUAAAAAUCAUGGGAAUUUUCUAGUCCUUUACUCAGUUGAGGAAACUCAGUAGUUAACAAAGAUCAUGUUAAUCAUUCGGAUGGUUGCUGGGAGCUCAAUGAUGGGAAGUGUUACUGUUUUCAUGUUUGCAGUAUGAAACCCACCGGCCACCAUGCAAAUCUUAAUCAAGUCGAUUAUUUUUGUUUUAUGGGUCAUGGUUGAAUGGACAUAUCAAAUCCUGUGGAUAGAUCCUAGAAAACAGUGGGUCUAUCCUAAUAAAGAAUCAUGCAUGCCCAGAAAAUCUAUUACCAGCUAAACCUACUAUUAAUGAGCCUGGAGACGUGAAUACUGAAGAAGAAGCCUGGGUUAAUUCACUAUAGCUAUUAUUCUACUUGGCAAGCCAGAAAAAAUGUGGCUUUGUCUCCUAAUUCAAAGUACUGAUAAUUUUGUGGAUCUUGUCUAUCACAUUAUCUGUUUCAUUAGAGUGUGAUGAUUUGAUUCCAACACAUCUUACCCAAAAAUGAUAAAAAAAUAUUAUAUGGAUAUUUUCGGGUUUGAUGCAUAAGAUUAUUAAUAUGAUAGAAUAAUUAUUAUUUUAUUUUAUGUUUGAUUUGUAUCUAAAGAGAGAUACGGAUU